CUCCAUGAGUAUACUACGAAUAUCCAAAAUUACCCCUAAAUAUUGGGACUUUUGUCUUUGACGAUCUACGCAUAUUGCAGGCAACAAAGAUCUAAGGUCGAAAAGCAGCUCAAGCUUGCCCAGUAACUCCGUCGUCGAACUAAUUGAUCUGUGUUUUGCUUCCAAAUUCAUUUCUUUCUCCAAAUUUACUGAAAGUAGAAAACCCCAUUAAUCUUCCGUGAAUUUUCUUCAAACCCCAGAAAAAUUAGGGUCGAAAAAGCGAUCUCGGCAAUUAGGGUUCUUCGUUGAAAUUACUAGAUCAAUUGGAGUACAAAAUGGCGGCAAUUUACAGCUUAUACAUUAUCAACAAAUCUGGAGGUCUUAUUUACUACAAGGAUCAUGGAACAGCUAGUAGAAUGGAUACAAAUGAUACAUUGCGAUUAGCAAGUUUAUGGCAUUCAAUGCACGCAAUUUCUCAGCAAUUAUCGCCUGUUUCGGGUUGUUUUGGGGUUGAACUCCUCGAAGCCGAUACCUUUGAUCUCCAUUGCUUCCAAUCUCUCACUGGAACAAAAUUCUUUGUGGUAUGUGAGCCCGGAACACAGAAUAUGGAGAUGCUCUUGAAAUAUGUUUAUGAGCUAUACACCGAUUAUGUGUUAAAGAAUCCUUUCUAUGAAAUGGAGAUGCCUAUACGUUGUGAGCUCUUUGACCUCAACGUUACUCAAGGAGUGCAGAAGGAUCGUGUUGCUUUGCUAGGCAGAUGAUUGACCUUCAUUGCUCAAGACAAAACCGCCAUUUUUGUAAAUUGCUUCUUUUGAACUUUUCUCCUAUUAUGUUUCAAGACUCUUGCAAUCUUUUGCACCUCUUGAGAGCUUGUCUUUGUCUUAUUGAUGUUUAGUUAUAAGAAGAUGCACUAUUUCGAAGAUGUUUGUGAUUGCCUCGUGCCCUUGUGUCUUCUUAUUGAGAACUUGUAGAAAAAAACUACUCCGUACUUCAUUUGCUAGUUAAUACAACACCUUAUUUACUACA